UCUCCUCUCAAUUUUUUUUUCAAAAUAUAGGAGACAUAAAGAAAAAAAAAAUGAAUAAUCAUUUUUUCAUUCUCAUGCUACUUCCAAUAUUAAUUCAUCUUAUUACUCCCACAUUCUCUUCCCCACUCCCACACCCUGAACUUGUAGUACAACAAGUUAAUGAGCAAAUAAACGUUUCACGACGGAGCUUAGGAUUCCUGUCGUGCAACACCGGCAACCCGAUAGACGACUGCUGGCGGUGCGACCCGGACUGGGAGAAGAACCGCAAGCGCCUGGCCGACUGCGCGAUCGGGUUCGGCAAGCACGCCAUCGGCGGCCGGGACGGUAAAUUCUACACGGUCACGGACUCCGGGGACGACGCGGUCAACCCGAAGCCCGGGACACUCCGGUACGGCGUGAUCCAGAGCGAGCCGCUCUGGAUCACGUUCGCCCGGGACAUGGUGAUCAAGCUCAAGCAGGAGUUGAUGCUCAACUCGUUCAAGACGAUCGACGGGCGGGGGGCCAGCGUCCACAUCGCCGGGGGGCCAUGUAUAACCAUCCAGUACGUGACGAACGUGAUAGUGCACGGGCUGAACAUCCACGACUGCAAGCAGGGAGGGAACGCGUACGUCCGGGACUCCCCGGACCACUACGGGUGGCGGACGCUGUCCGAUGGGGACGGCGUGUCGAUCUUCGGUGGGUCCCACGUGUGGGUGGACCACUGCUCGCUGUCGAACUGCAGAGACGGGCUGAUCGACGCCAUACACGGGUCGACGGCGAUUACGAUAUCGAACAACUACUUCACACACCACAACAAGGUUAUGCUGCUAGGGCAUAGUGAUAGUUAUACUCAGGAUAAGAAUAUGCAGGUUACUAUUGCCUUUAACCAUUUUGGUGAAGGCCUUGUGCAGAGGAUGCCUAGGUGUAGGCAUGGGUAUUUCCAUGUGGUGAAUAAUGACUACACACAUUGGGAAAUGUAUGCAAUUGGAGGAAGUGCUUCUCCUACAAUCAAUAGUCAAGGGAAUAGGUUUCUUGCUCCUGACAGAGCAAACAACAAAGAGGUAACGAAACACGAGGAUGCACCGCAGAGCAAAUGGAAGAACUGGAAUUGGAGAUCGGAAGGAGAUUUGCUAUUGAACGGGGCAUUCUUCACGAGGUCGGGUGCGGGUUCAUCGUCUAAUUACGCAAAGGCGUCGAGUUUGAGCGCUAGACCGUCUUCUCUAGUGGGGACCAUUACGGUUGGAGCCGGUUCACUCGGGUGCAAGAAAGGCAGGAGGUGUUGAUUAAUUAACCCUUCUGCACAAGAAUUUUUAUAAUUAAUGUACACAUUUUUAUAAGUGUCACUUUUAUUAUAAGUAAAAGCAAAAAAAGAAAAAAAAAAAAAAAAAAACCUUACUAUUUCUUGCAACAACCUCGGACUUGUUACCGUCGGAAAAUGUGAAAAUUCCUAACGGGAAUGAGAUCGGAAAACAUGGGCCGGUGAGUUGAUUAAAAUGUAACUUCUUCCUUUUGCAGUAUUUUAACUAUGAAUUAAUGGAGGUUUUUUUCCCUCCAAUUGUUUGAA